CGUGACCGGACGCGUACCGUACCCGCUCCGAGCUCGAAAGAGGCAGACCGCGCCUGGGCCUAUGAUGUGACCCCGCCGCCAGUCCUCUCAUCCUCACACUCAACAUGGUCCAUCCUAUCCAGUGGCUGGACUCUACGUUCAGCUCGCGUGCAAGAACUGAAGAGCUCCUCCGGCCCGACCUCGAGGCGGGCCUCAUCACCCCGCACGACUACUCCUUAGCCACCACGUUCCUCCCCGCGUCCCACCGAUAUUGGCCAUAUGUUUACUCCGUCGCGGGGAGCGCAGCCUUGGGGGGCUAUCUACGCUUCUACCGCAAGCCCCCCGCGUCAAUAAAUCGCACAACGCUCUUCGCCACCUUUGCAGGCUUCGCGGGUGCAGCAUGGGGUCAUUUCCGGCGCGCAGAGGCUCACGCGACCUUCACCAGCCUGCUGGAUGACCCCGUCACGUUCAGUCAGGCUCUCGAGAACGUGAACCGGAGGACAGGCGGUGUCAGGCCUCUGGGGUGGACGCUUCAGCGGGCGAGAGAAAUCGCGCGGCGGGAGGAUGUGCACGGCAACUCUGAGACACCUUCGGAUAACGGUUGGUCUCCGGAGGCCGUCGCAGGAGAUCAGCCUGUGUCACUUCCGGCCUCUGCUAGUCGACCUGCGCCUGCGACCGUGUCAGAGGCCCAGAAUAGACCGAAGAGUCGUUGGGGGGAUAUCCGGGCAGCGAACACCCGCGGCGGGGCGCAACAAUCAUCUUGGGACGUGCUCAGACAGAGUCAUGAGCGAAACAAGAUCGACACCGACACGCCAGAGGGCCGACCGGCGGAGGAGACCAGCAGGACGGAUGAGCAAGCACAGUUUGACGCGUUGUUGGAAGCGGAAAGGAGGCUGAGCGGCCGAGGGUCAUGAUAUGUUGUGCGAAUAAUGUGAAUGGACAUUUGGUGCAGUAGUCUGCCAUCGCUGUACUAGCAUGCCUUGUGCGCAAUUGGGUGGUCGAACCUCGAGCCUACUCCCAAUACGCUGCAUAAGUAUACAGCGUGCCUUACAGUAUAGCCGUCUACCAAUACCACACCGUCCCUCGGCCACCGAGACUUGCCCGCAG